CCAUCCCCAAAGGUUUGUCAGUGUUGAUCAGCUGCUCUGCUCCACUGACGCCCCGCCGGUGACGAGAGGAACAGGCAGAGCUGUGGUGUGGUCCUCCAGCAGCAUGGACAGCGAUGAGGAAAAUUUAGAGGAGGUUGUGGAAGGUCCGUUGGAUGAUGAUGGUCAGCCACAUGGUUUCUGCACAGUGACCUACUCAUCCAGUGAUCGUUUUGAAGGACACUUCACCCAUGGAGAGAAGAAUGGCAAGGGAAAGUUCUUCUUCUUUGAUGGAAGUACCCUGGAGGGUUUCUAUGUAGAUGAUGCUCUGCAGGGCCAGGGGGUGUACACAUAUGAAGAUGGUGGAGUCCUCCAUGGGACGUAUGUGGAUGGUGAGCUCAAUGGGCUUGCUCAGGAGUUCGAUGGAGAGGGCCGCCUGGUGUUCAAGGGCCAGUAUAAAGACAACAACCGCUGUGGGGAGUGCUGGGUCUACUACCCUGAUGGGGGCUGUGUGUUUGGAGAGGUGAAUGAGGACGGUGAGAUGACCGGUGAAUCUGUAGCAUACAUCUACCCAGACGGACACACAGCUCUCUUUGGAAGCUUUGUGGACGGGGAGCUUAUCGAGGCUCGUCUCGCCAGCCUGAUCUCCAAUGAGAGUGGAAGGCCACGCUUCGAAGUCACACCAAACAGUCCUGUGUACUCAUACGACAAGUCCACAUCCACCUGUAUCGCCACCCAUGCUCUGCUUCCUGAUCCCUAUGAGAGCCAAAGGGUGUUUGUGGCAGACUCUAUGAUUAAAGGAGCAGGAAAGGGCUUGUUCGCUAAGACAGAUGCUGAAAUGGACACUGUGAUGGCUUUUUAUAACGGAGUACGCAUCACACACUCUGAGGUUGACAGCAGAGACUGGGCAAUGAAUGGAAACACAAUCUCCCUGGAUGAGGACACUGUGAUCGAUGUCCCUCAGCCAUUUGACCAGACAGAGAGAUACUGUGCCUCUCUGGGUCACAAAGCGAACCACUCCUUCACCCCCAACUGCAAAUAUGACCCGUUUGUCCAUCCUCGAUUUGGGCCAAUCAAGUGCAUCCGAACACUGAAGGCCGUGCAGAAAGACGAGGAGCUGACGGUUGCCUAUGGCUACGAUCAUGGGCUGACGGGGAAGAAUGGCCCAGAGGCUCCUGAUUGGUACAAGCAGGAACUGGAGGUGUUCCAGCAGAGACACGCGACUCCCACUGGCCAGUGAAAAUGCAGAUGAAUACCUCUGGACAAUAAAGUAACCCUCUACCUGUGCUACCACCUUACAAGAAUCCUGGAGCGUUACGGUACUUGAUAUCCCCUGCAGCCCACACUGUAGAUAUUUGAGAAGUUACUAUGCUUCAUAUGGUAUUCAAGUGGAAUACUGCUUGAGCAGUUAAGUUUGACUGAAGGCCUUGGAGAUCCAGGUCUAAAGCAACACAAGAACUAUGCAAGAAACCAAAUGUUAUUAAAGGAGACAUGUCAGUAGCUAGAGGUGCUGUUCUGUCCAGUUUUACCCCUGUCCUCUUCAUCACAUAUUACUCAUAUGGGAAUGAUUUACAUGCUGAUGUUUGGUGCUUAAAAAUUUAGGGUAUAAUGAAAAAUUACUUUCAUGUCUCUCCAUUUUCACUGUCUGUAUCUCCACUUAACUCUGUCAGUAGUUUUACACAGCAGCUGCAGUUUACAGGGCUCUCCUCAACGUGUUGAGUUUAACAGCACUAUUUGUACGCCAUAGUAUUUAUCUUAUCUGUCAGUUGUGUUUAACUCACACACUUCACAACACUUCAUUUGAACUUAUUCAGCUAACUUAACCCAUACAAUACUGUGCAAAAGUUUACGGCUCUUCCGAUGUUUAGUUUCAUCUCCCAGUCCUACCAGGAGGCGUCUGAUUGGUCUCACAUUCAUUCUACAGCAAGACAAGAACUAUCUUCAGAAACAAGAAGAGCAAGUGAUCCUGCAGCAGAUUGUCUGGUGUCCACAAAGCCGGUGCUGUUUUAAAGACUUGGUCACACCAAAUAUUAAUAUGAUUUUUUUUUUUCUUUUUGCAUGAAGUAAGCAGAUGGAUAAAAACAAUGCUUGGCUUUAUUUGAAAGCAUCUUCAUUUAGCAGCAUUUCUUCACAAGUGCCUAAAGCUUUUGCACAGUACUGUACAUUUACAAAGUGUAAUUGUAUAGGCCUAUUCACUUAGGCUUAACCACAGCUCACAGCAUAUACCACAUAUAUUGCAGUGACUAAUUUAUUUAUAAUAUCUGAACUUGGGAAAGUGAUGUAUUUCCUGAGAUUUGUAGAGGACUCUGGGAGAAAAUAAUGGAUGGUCUACCACUACAGUACACCAUGUGCUAACCUGUUCCACUUUUAUAACCUAAUUAUCUGUGUUCAGAUGCUACAAAAUAAAGUCUAAGAAGAUAA